AUGGAGACGCAGCUUUCUAAGAUUUGUUUAAGCGGGAUAACUGAAAUAAGAGACCUGGAUGGAAGCCUUGACGGGAAGUGUGUGAGGGUACGGGGGUUUGCUCUCAAGGUUUCGUGCACAGGAAAGUAUGUAUUUAUAGUCCUGCGAGACAACGGAUGUACGAUUCAAUGCAUGUGUGAAAAGCCCAUUGAUGGAAAGGGAGAUGUAACACCGCAGGAAUUCAACUUGCUUAAGAAGGUGACGCACGAGUCCUUUAUUGAGGUAAGGGGGAGGGUGAUUCGGCAGGAGACGGAGAUAUCUGGAUGCACCAAGAAGGACAUAGAAGUCCGCAUUCUCGGGUUCGAUAUUCUGAGUGCUGCCGACAAGAACCUGCCGUUCAUAAUGAAGGAUGCCUCUGCAACGAUUGAGGAGAGAGAAAAAAAUCCAACGCUUCAGAAUGUUGCAUACCACAUCAGGCUCGACAACAGGGCAAUGGAUCUUCGGACUCCGCAGGCGAGGGCUACCUUCCGUGUGAUAGACGGGGUGAUGUUUUUCUUCCGAGACUAUCUCAGGAGGAAUGGGUUUGUGGAGAUAAAGACAUCGAAGCUGAUUGAGAGCUCCAGCGAGGGAGGAGCCAAUCUCUUCAGUGUAGACUACUUUAAGAGAAAGGCGUUUAUGGCGCAGAGUCCCCAGCUGUAUAAGCAGAUGGCGAUUGUGGGAGGGCUGAAGAGAGUGUGUGAGAUAGGGCAUGUCUAUCGCGCAGAAGAGUCUAACAUCAACAGGUAUCUUAGCGAGUUUGUGGGGCUUGAUAUGGAGAUGGAGAUAUCGACGGACUACAACGAUGUGAUUACAUUCAUCCACUCGAUGCUUGUAAGCAUUUUCGAUGGCCUGAAGAAGGAGUACAAGGAUGAGCUGGAGACGAUCAGGACUUUCCACUGUUUCGAGGACAUUAAGUACAACACCCAGCCAGUUGUCCUGACGCACAGGGAAUGUGUGGAUCUUCUUUUGAAGGAGGGAGUUGAGAUGGGGUAUGAGGACGAUUUCAAUAGUGAAAACGAGAAGAAGCUAGGAUCUAUAGUGAAGAGGAUGCAUGGUGUUGACAUCUUUGUGAUAAAGGACUAUCCUGUAUGCACGAGGCCUUUCUAUACAUACAGAGAUGAGGAAAGGGGAGUGACAAGGUCGUAUGACUUUAUUCUCCGGGGAGAAGAGAUCCUGUCUGGUGCACAAAGAGUCAAUGUUUACAAGGAUCUGGUCAGAUAUGUUGAGGAGCGCGGGAUAACUCCGUCCUCUCUUGGAGGAUACCUGGAGUCGUUUAAGUAUGGCGCUCCUCCGCACGGGGGAUGUGGGAUUGGACUUGAGAGGCUAAUGAAGGCAUACUUUGGAAUGGGGGAUAUAAGGUGCUUUUCGCUGUUUCCUAGAGAUCCCAACAGACUCUAUCCUUAA